AUGUCUGCUACAAAUGAUCUUGGCCAAUGGUAUAAGAGUAUACCUAAGAUAACACGAGUUUGGUUUACUGCUUCAAUUGUCGUCUCUUUCGCACCACGAUUAGGCUUAGUUCGGCCACAUAAUUUAAUCUUAUUAUUAACUCCGAUUAUCAAAAAUUUCCAAAUUUGGCGAUUAUUAACUGCUGUACUCUUUUAUCCAGUGGGGUUUAAUCUUCUGAUAAAUUUAUUUUUCAUCUAUCAAUAUAGCACUCGUCUUGAGACAAGUACAUUCAACGGAAAACCAGCAGACUAUGUAUUUUGCUUAUCAUUCCUUUGGCUAUGCAAUGUUAUUGUCGGAAUCAUUCUUACAAUGCCUGUCUUGAUGGAUGGAAUGAUCUUGAGUGUAAUGUACAUUUGGUGUCAAUUGAAUAAAGAAACCAUGAUGUCAUUUUGGUUCGGUAUGCAAUUCAAAGCAAUGUACAUGCCAUGGGUGAUCAUGUUAUUCAAUUGGAUUAUGACUGGAUCAUUUUUAACACAAUUAUGUGGAAUUGUUGUUGGUCACCUUUACUUUUUUCUCGUAUUUAAAUAUCCACAAGAUUUCGGUGGUGCGCGAUUACUUCAAACUCCAAGUUUCUUAUAUCGUUAUUUUCCAAAUGAACAAACUGGAAUCAGUGGAUUCGGCUCAGCACCCAUUCCACGUCAACAACCAGGUACUGCUGAUGCCAAUGCAAAUGCCGGUCGACGAAUUUUCGGUGGUCAAGGCCACGUACUUGGUGAUCGUUAA